AUGAGCAAUUCGGUCCCCGAUCUCGACGCCGUCGGCAUCAAGGCCGAACCCGAACUGGCCGACCAGUUCCGCCGUGAGGUCGCCGCCCUCCUCGGCCGCAACAACCUCAACUUCCCCGGCGCCCAGCCCGUCAGCUUCUCCAAACGCCACCUCCAGGAGCUCCAACGCGAAGACUACUAUGUCUGCGAGAAGACCGAUGGCAUCCGCUGUCUGCUGUACUUUGCGCGCGGAGACCCCGACUCGGAGAUGCAGGAAAUCCACUACCUCAUCGACCGCAAGAACGACUACCGCUACGUGCCUGGACUGCACUUUCCCCUACCCGACGACGACACCUUCCAGUCGUUCCACGUCGACACGCUGGUGGACGGCGAGCUGGUCAACGACACAUACGAGGACGGCACGCAGCAGCUCAAAUACCUCGUGUUCGACUGCCUGGUGCUGGACGGGCAGAGCCUGAUGCACCGCACGCUGGACAAGCGGCUCGCGUACUUCCAGGAGAAGGUGCUGAAGCCGUACAACGCGCUGUACCAGCGGUUCCCGGAGGAGAAGAAGCACCGGGUGUUCGCGGUCGAGGACAAGUCGACGCAGGCGUCGUCGAACCCUACCCGGACUACGACGCCCUCCCCAUCUGCCACCUCUUCGUCGGCCUGA